AGUUAGUUAUAUCAAUCCAUCCAUCAUCCAGAGCUAAUUACCAACCACAGAGGACCAUUGCGUAUCCACUGCAAUAUGUGAGUCAGUUGUUGAGAAAUAAUAAAUGAUAUAGAACUGUUCAGACGGAAUGUAAUUCAACGGGAUAAACAAAAUGCAGUUAAACCAGUUUUUAGCAUUUGGUAUUCAGUGUGUAUACAACUACUGCAAAUAUUUAUGAUCAAGCUGCAACACAGACAAUGUAAUUCUGCUACAAAUCCAGGGGGUAGAGUCCAGAGACGUAGGCACAAAGUGAGUAGAAUCUAGAUGAGCAUUCCUUGGGCGCACAAUCACUCUGCCACAGUAGGGGGGCUCCUGCUAGGGGUCGGAGUGGCAGGGACACUAUUCUACCAUCGACACACCAUAGCUCACUCCCUCCACAAUAUGAGGCUGCACGCGCUCUUGGAAAUGACAAAUCGAAGAAUUGUCAUCGUAACAGACAAGAAGAGCUGGGAUGAGGUGGCUCCUCUAUUUAUGAGAGAGGCGAGUAGUGAGGGUGCAGUGGGCUUUGAUUGCGAGUGGGUGCAGGUAAGGGGAAAGAGGCGUCCUGUGGCCCUCCUGCAGUUGGCAUCCUGCUCUGGAUUGUGUGUGCUGGUGCGACUCUCCCUCUUGAACGAUGGCAUUCCAGAUUCUCUUAGGGCAUUUUUAGAAGAUGAGAAAAUCUUAAAAGUAGGUGUAGGGCCCAAUGAAGAUAGUAAUUACCUAGCUGAGGAUUACAACAUACAGGUCAGAGGUUGUGUUGACCUGAGACACCUAGUACAGCGAUGCCUGAGUUUGGAGUCUUUAGAUGCUGAAAGUGCGUCAAAAGGUCAAGAGGUGUCUCAAGGGAGGACAACGGCUGGGGGGAUGGGGCUGAAUGCUCUGGCUGAGAGGUACCUAGGCCGAACUCUAGACAAAGACUGGCGAGUUAGAGCUAGUGACUGGGAAGCUAAAAUGCUGACUAAGAGACAGAAAAGAUAUGCUGCUGAGGAUGCCUUAGUGGGAAUACAUAUCUUAAUAGCCUUGAUGGAGAAACUGUGGACAUUAGAUUCUGUAACAACCCCAUUCCUGCCAAAGUCUGCAUGGCAACAGAGACUCAGGCAGGAAGUGCACCAGGCCUGCAGUGGACUCCUCGAUGUCAAAUUCACUUCUAAUAAAAGGAAUCAAGAUGCAGGCAGUUCCAGAGGUGGUCAAAUACCCCCCAAUAAGUUCAAACCACAUACGCGUGCCUACUCCCUCCGCCAGGGCCCCCUCUACCACAACUGUCAGUUGCGGGCCCCAGAUGACCAGCCAUUAUGUACUAUUGACCCGAAGAAGGCACACUGGUAUGUGGCAAAAGGGCUGGGUGUACUGGUAAGCGAAGAGCCCUUGGUUGUGCGCCUUAAUUUUGAGCCCGCUGGUCGCCCUCAGACUGAACUUCAAGAUGGCCAGUUCUACUUGCAGGAGCGCCAAAACUUGUGUGUAGUGUGUGGCAAGGACCAGUCAUACAUCAGGAAGAAUGUUGUGCCUCAUGAGUACCGCAAGUACUUCCCAGCCAUCCUAAAGCACCACCAGAACCAUGAUGUGGUGUUGCUCUGCUUAGAGUGCCACCGCAUAAGCAACAUCCGAGACAAUGCUCUGCGGAGCCAGCUAGCAGAAGAAUGUGAUGCACCCAUUGGCACUGACAAAGAUGUCAAGGCGACGUUUGACAAGGCCAAGAAGGCAGUGCGCUACGCAGCUAGUGCCCUGCUCAGGAAACCUGCUGGCAUCCCUGAGAAGAGGAUUGCUGAGCUGCAAGGUGUUGUCCGAAGGCAUUAUGGUGUGGAGGAGCUCACGAGGGAGCUACUGGAAGAGGCAGCCAACAUGGAGGUCAAAGUUUACAACAAGGAGUAUCAGGCACAUGGUCACAAGGUCUUUGAAGUCUACAGCAAGGUAGGACUUGUUAAGUUGGAGCAGAGAUGGCGACAGCACUUCCUGUCCUCCAUGAAACCAGAACACUUACCUGAGUGCUGGUCUGUCACCCACAAUGACUACAAGCUGCGGCUCAAGAUGGCGCGCCUGCCACUUGACCACCCCGACCGUCACAAUUACAAAUUAGCUCUUGUGGGCACUGAAGGGACUAUCCACGUGCCCUAUGACCCCUCACAAGACAGGAGGAGAACUGUGGAGGAAGGUUCAAUGCCCAGCAUGGAAGUGACUCAUGAUGGGUCUCCCUCAACUGAAGAGAGUGAGGAUGAGUUAAUGGGUGAGGAUGAAAGGGAAAGAUAUGGUGAGAUUGACGAGGCAAAUAGUGACAGUGACCCCUAUGGAGAGGACAUUAUUCAGGAAUAAAAGAUAUGGAAACUUUUUUAUAAUGUAUAUAAAGAUACUCACAAGUUCAUUUAAAGCUUUAGGAUAAGGAAUGAUAUUGAUUAAAGCAAUGUACAAAUCUGUCUUUGUAGUGUAAAUUAUUAGUUUUAUACUUUUAUAUCAGUAUUUAUUUUAUUUAAGAACAUUUGGAAUAGUGAUGAAAGCUCACAAUGAUUUUAUAGUUUGAAAAAGUAAAGUUUGUUGUGCAAGUAUAUAGCUUUUGUUCCUUGAAAAUCAUUCAUUGUGUUUAAAGUAUAGAGAUGUAUAUAUUAUUUUCUGUAAAAAUGAAAUACCUUUUUUGUUUUCUUAAAAGUAAAGGAUGCCAUUCUGAAAAGCAGGUGAAAGUGAAAUAAUAUUUUGUGUCCAGGUAUGCUUUCCAUUAAUUCUGGAAGAGGCGGUACUUGAUGAAGAUUAAAUGAAUAGGAUGUUAAUAUUCUUAAGGUCUUGAAUCCCUGUCCAAUAAACAGCCAGUGCCCAGCCAUUUAAAAAGUCCAGAUUGGUAUGCAUGUAGAAGAUAACUUCCAGGGUUGUUGUUGUUGUUGUUGUUGUUGUUGUUGUUGUUGUUGUUGUUGUUCUCCUCCUCCUCCUCCUCCUCCUCCUCCUCUCCUCCCUUACUACUACUACUUCUUCUUUAAAGCAGGUUAUUUAGUUAUUUCUGCAGAAUGCAAUUUCAAUAUUGAUGUACUACAAUGCAGUAUUAUUGCAAGAAGUAAACUGUAUUUUAGAAACUGCAAUAUAUUAGCAUAAACUUAGAACACAAAUGUUGCAGGCAUUGUUGCCAAGAGUUGAUAUUCCACAGUUGCUUUUGUUUCUUUUCAGGCAAGAACAGCACCUAUGUUAGAAUUACUAUGGUAUAUUUACAAGUUUGUAUUUUAUUAUAGCACUUCAAUAUUACUGAGCUUAUCUAGGUCAUUAUACAAAGCAAAACUAUUGUUAGAUUUAUUUGAUUGUUACCACACAGUAUCAACAAAAAUAGAAAAUAAUAUUUUUUAAAGGGAAAUAUUUUAUUUAACAGGCAUAUUAUUUUUUUAAAUUAAAAAAUGAAAUAAA